AUGGCAGCUGCUGCUGCCUGCGAUUCCUCUUCUCCCGCCGUUACCGAGCUCUGCCAGAACGGGCGCCAGGUCUUCAUGGACGCUUCCCAGCUGCUGCUCACCUACGCCGACAAUAUACUGAGGAGUCCAAAUGAAGAAAAAUACAGAUCCAUAAGGAUUGGGAACACAGCGUUUUCCACCAGACUUUUGCCAGUCCCUGGGGCUGUUGAAUGUUUAUUUGAAAUGGGAUUUGAAGAGGGAGAGACACAUCUUGUGUUUCCUAAGAAGGCAUCGGUCGAGAAGCUGCGGAAAGUCAGAGACCGUAUUGCUUCAGAAAGAAACAAACAGCUUAAUGAGUCAAACGUACCAGAAUCAGAUACAAUAAGCACACAGCUGGCACCAAACCCGAGUCUGGCAAGCAGACCGCAGCCGGCAACAGAUGACCGGCAACAGGCAACUUCCAACUUCUUGGCAUCUGAAAUCAAAUUUUUCAAGACAUUGCAGUCCAACUUUCAGCAUGUUCUAAUGUACGAGCUGCCUUCUCUUCAGCAAAGAGCUCUAGAACACAUCCCUGUAUCAGAACUGAAGGAGAGAGCACAAGAAAAGCUGCUGCAAGCCAGAAGCCUUGACUCUGAAACCACUGUGAAUGAAGAUGAUUUCUUGGUGUUAGAGCUGUUGCGUUGGUUUAAAGAGGACUUCUUCCAUUGGGUGAACAGUCUUCCUUGUAGCCAAUGUGGAAAUCAGACCGAAGCUAAAGAAUCGCUCACUCCGUCUGCAGAUGAUCUGCGGUGGGGGGCAAACCGGGUAGAGAAUCAUUACUGUAAAAAGUGUCCGUACAUCAACAGAUUCCCAAGAUACAAUGACCCAGAAAAGCUUUUAGAAACCAGGCGUGGGCGCUGUGGAGAGUGGGCCAACUGCUUUACGCUGUGCUGCAGGGCGGUGGGAUUGGAAGCAAGAUAUGUGUGGGACUCUACAGAUCAUGUCUGGACUGAGGUGUUCUCUUCAUCUCAAAAUAGAUGGCUUCAUUGUGACCCAUGUGAAAAUGCUUAUGACAAGCCUCUCUUGUAUGAGGUGGGAUGGGGAAAGAAGCUAUCGUAUAUCAUAGCAUUCUCUAAAGAUGAGGUUGUUGAUGUUACCUGGAGGUAUUCAUGUAAACAUGAAGAGAUCAUCUCAAGAAGAAAAGAGGUCCGUGAAAGCUGGUUACGGGAAACGAUUGCUGGCCUAAAUAAGACGAGGCAGCAGUCCUUACCAGAACAGAGGAAGAAGGAACUCCUUGGAAGGCUGAUUGUGGAAAUUGUGGAGUUCAUGUCUCCGAAGACACCCAAACCUGGGGAGCUUGGUGGCAGAAUGUCUGGAUCCCUAGCUUGGAGAGUAGCAAGAGGAGAAAGUGAUUUGAAUAGUAAGAGUGUGGUAUUUGUCCCCUCGGAUAAGGAGAAAGCUGCCAAGCGAUUCCACCUUCAGUAUAACAUUGCUGAGAAUUGUUACACACGAGUCUCAAAUAACAAUGAGAUGAUUGACACCUGGGAAAAUGGAGUCUGGCUGUCAGAGUCUAUAUGUAGGAAAGUAGAAAAUGACUGGAAAAUGGUGUACUUGGCACGCAGGGAAGAAACACCUUCAGCUAGAAUUGGUUGGAAGUUUGAGUGUUCGUCUGUGGGAAUGAGAGUGGAGAAUAUAAGUAUCCGAACUACUAGUGAAACCUACCACAGUGGCAAAAUAAAAUGGAAGCUUUAUUCUUUAGAAACACAAGUGGAAGUUAAUGCUGAUAAGAACCUAUAUUCUUAUCCAGAGUUUUUAAAUGCAUCGGAAGUUGUAUUGGAAGCUGAACUAAGCGGCGGAGAAGGGGAUACUGCAUGGCAACAUACACAAUUGUUUCGUGAGAGCCUAACGGAGAAGGGAAACUCUUUGGAAAUUAUUAUAACUCUUAAAGAUCCUUAGGAAUUAUUUUCAUUUUUUUUAUUAUGUUAAUGGUUUGAUAUGAACGAUUAUUUCAUUUGGAAAUAUUGAGUAUAUUGGUAUGAUUGAGAUAUUCUGGGUUUUACUUGGACAAUUUACCUUUCCACGGUUAUUUUACUAUGUUCACAAAAUUAAACACUAGCUUGUGCUGAUGCUGGUUUAUAUUUUGCCAUCAGAACAGGAUCAGUCUUCUGAAUUUGCUGAAUAUUAAAAAACUAUAGCAUUUUAACAUUUUAAAAAUGAAAUUAGGCAUGAAAUUAUUUUUCUUCUCUCUAAAUCCCUGGUGUGAUUUUUCAUUUGACAGAUACCUGGUAUUGUGGUUAAUGUAAGGUUUAGGGCAGUUGCAUUAGAAAUAUGUAAUUACCUUUCUACCACCAUCUAGUGGCAAUCUGUGGCUAUCUAAGUAUUGAGAGUUCAACUGCCAGGCUGUGACUUUUAGUUUUGCAAAAGGUAGAGAGUCUCAGCUUGCCUACCCCCCUAUAGAGUCCUAUUUCAGUUUCCACACAUCACUUAUUUCAAAUGUACUUAAAUGUUAAAUAACUGGGGAGAUAAACUUAAUGGAUAUCAGUCCUUUAAAGUCCACAGAUGUUUUUUUUAUUACUAUAAAGAUGUCACUCAGUUGGUGUCUUUCAAAACCGUUCAUGGCCACAGUUCCUAUCUAUUUCCCAGUGGAAGUAGAUGAUGCUGACUGCAAUGUUAUAAUAAACUGGAUGGAUGUAUACAUUGUCUUGCAUAUUUAAAUAAAUCUACUAUAUUUCUACGGUC